GGAAACAGGAAGAGCGGGAACGACGCGCAGGAGGGCAGGCGGGGCUGGAGGCUCGACCACAGCCGGUUGUCUACGCAGUUUAGUUUUAUUCUUCCAAUGUAAUCGUUGCCUUACCGGUUCCCUUGCGCGGCAAGAUGACCUCGGCGCGUCCAAUAUCCGUAACGCAACUCACGGGCGGCUUCGCACCAGACAUCGACGGCAGAUCCUUUUCCUUCGUGGAAGCUCUGCCGAGCGUGCGUUAUUGCUACAGUUGCAAUAUCGUACCGAAGACUACGUACGUUCUCGAAUGUGUGCAUUCCUUCUGCAAGUCAUGCUACGAUCAAGUUCUCGCCAAGGGUCCCAGGUGCCCGAUCGACAAGGGAGACUUCGAUGUCAAAUAUGUCCGAGACAUGGUGUUUACGCAGAAGCAACUCAAAGCGACGAAGACCAUCUGCCACAAUUGGAUUCAUGGCUGCGGAUUCGCCGGGAACGUCAUGGAUAUGGCGAAGCAUUCCUCGGGAUCGUGUGGUUUUCACAUGGUUGCUUGCCGUUUCUGCAAAGCGAGUGUGCGGAAGGACGACAUGGUGGAUCAUUUUGUUAGUGGUGGCUGCAAAGCCGAAGAUGCAUCUUAUGAAAGUGUUCCGGUCUUGGCUUUGCAUGCCGGAAAACAGCCAGGAGGGUAUCGUGGCAUGCCAACACUCUCGGAGCCUACUGCGAACGUCCUCUUGAUUGACGGCGACCAGUCAAGCACACGUCCGACUAAAGACACCGACUGCGAAGCAUCAACCGUAGAAGACGAAGGUAUUGGCAUAGAAGAUGGGACACCACGAAAGUUGUGGGACGCCGGGAAGACGCCGCAACCCGAAGACUUGGAACUGUUAUCUGCCGAGGAAGAGGAGAAGUUUCGAACCAGGGGCCCAAAAUCCUACGCGACGUCCAUAGGCGAUGUCUUCGACGGAAAUCUACACGAGACCUGUGAAAACCUGCUGUCCCUUAUUCCCGUCGAAGCGUCCAGCAGCAGCGUAGAAGUUGGCAUCAACGUCUGUCCUUCUCCGAGCCGAAGCCGAGACAGUUCGUUGUUCAGGAUUGGUAACCGCUGUGCCUAUCUGAAGGCCUUCAUUCCCAGCAGGGACACAAACCUGAGGCUGUAUCUCGCCGUGCGUCGAAGCACGGACAAGAAGCCUGUUUCUGAGCGGGUAUGGCACAAGCUGGUCAUCAAGUGCUCCAAGCACCAGCUCCGCAGCGGGACCAACAGAUGCACGUGCGUUCAGGUCUGGUUCAGGAACGACGGGAACCUGCAAGAGAUCAUCGGCUUUCAUCUGAAACCCGAGUUCGAUGUUGUCGGUGGCGCUUACGUGCCAUUCAGUGUCGGCGAUUUGGAGAGAAAGAACUGUGUUCAAGACGGACAGAUCACUGUUGUGCUGGAAGGCGCGGUGGCAUCGUGAAAGCGCCUGGGGAGAACAUGGUGGUGCGAAUGGUAAUUUUAAAACCGAGGCAAAUACAGAGCGAAUAGUUAUACAGGGUGUUCCUUUCUAUCUGUAUGAGAUAACGUAAGAAUAGCAUGAAUGCCGCUUUUGCAGUCUGAUACGGUCACGCUGAAAUCCUCUCGAAGGGUAUAUGUACAUCUAGUAGUUACUGGAUGACUAAUUACCUAAAAUUCAUUUCCGUAUUCAAAAAUCCGCACAUUCGCACAGUCCUAUUGCUGUAUACCAUUGAUGCAUCAGUACGAAGACAUCCCAGUGACCAUGUGAAGCAGGAAAAUGAUUGCAAUGUAUUGCUAGAGGUGUUGUUGUGGUUGUCACAUUAACGCUAACCGUUACUCUGAUUCGUAUAGUCCCGCGCUAUUAUAUUCAAUGUGUAUCAUUUUGUACAUUUUACCGUCUACAAGCCAAGCGACAUAUCUGAUCUCCAUGUAGUCAUCGAAAAGUGUAUUUGCAAAAUAUACCUUAACCAAACACUGAAGUAUACAACCCUGUUCUUUUCGUAUUACAUGAGGAUAAAAGUAACCAGCUGCACGGAGUGCGUUUGCAGCCCUUCGUAUAGUUGGCGUUUAUCCAUGGUAUUUACCUAUAUGACGCUUUGUGAACUAUGUAUUGCUUUUCUUGAGGCAGUGACGUGGUUGACACACCAUGUGCAUCUCUUGUGCCAAAAGCCACGUUCUUUGCUUGUUCGUGCCAUUGUUUGUAUACCUACUUGAGUUAUACUUCAAACGCUUUUUCGUUCUAGUUUGACGACCCAUGACCUUUUCUGUAUUCUUUUUUUCCCAGUAUACGACUGUUAUUUUGUUUAUUGCUUUUUUGAUACUAAGAAAAAGAAUAAAUUCCGCGUUACUUUUGUACUAAAGCA